CCCCAAAAAUCAGAAACCAUAACUUCUUUAAAACUCUCCCUGAGCUUUUCCAACUGAAGUAUGUCCCGUGCCAUUAAAAAAUUUAAAUCACGAAAAUAACCUUAUUAUCUUCAUUUUAUCCUGUAUUUAAGCUUUGUACUCAUCUUCGUCGUCCCAUUCAAUCCAUCAAUGGACUCAAUCGAUUCAGUCCUUCACAUGAUCGUCUCCCUAUUUUGUCUCCACAUUUCAUCUCUGACAUUUGGUCAGAACCCAAACCAAUUCUUCAAAAUUUCUACAAAUGUUUAUGAACAGGAACUGAAAAUGAUGAAAACCCUAAACUUCUUGUUUGGGGAUUAGAUUCGAAGAUGGGCAAAGAAGUGAUCGAAAAUGGGUGAAUACAAAAGAGGGCGGCGACGAAGUCAGAGUGUCGGAGUGGGAGGUGGGUUCGCCGAGUGCUGAGAUUUCUCUUUUUCAGAAACUUUUCUCGCCCACGUCGGCGUUCGGCAUGUUGCCGGAGUCCGCCGGAGUAUGGUUGGCAUGAAUCAGGCAUUCAUCCAGUCUUUUGGUACAGUCUCUGACACUUAUUUUAUUUUAUUUUAUAUAUAUAUAUAUAGUCUCUGACCCUGUUUUCAUCUACGAGUACUAAGUUUCAAUAUCAACUAUUUCGUUUGUAAUAGCAGUUGGAUAAAAAGGUAAUGCCAUCCAAGAGCCCUAUCAUGUAGUCAAGUGCUCUGCUCCAUAAAGAUUGAAAUACUUACUCCCUCUAUCAUAUAUUAAUUGUCUAAUGCAUUGUUCCAUUUUCAAAUUACUAGGUUUUUCUUUCAAGUAUAAAUAAGUAUAUCACCAAGUUGGAAGAUUUUAGCGAAAGAUAAUAAUGAAAAGAAGAUAAACUGACUUUUAAAUUAGAUAACUAAAUUGGGACAUUCAAAAAGAAAUGAGGGACUACUAAUAUGGAACAUAUAGAGCUCAACUAUUGUCCGGCGGAUUGAGAAGUCUCUCUUCAUAGCAAUACUCAAAAUAAUUAAAUAAAUUAAUAAAUAGAAGACAUUAUUAGUGUGGGAUAGGUUUCCUUAAAAGACCAUUACCUAGAAACGGUCAACUCGAGUACCAGAUUAAAUGGAUGAUAUGGGCUCUCCAAGGCCAGGAGGAAUUAUUUACAUUUAAUCUUUCUUCUGUGGAAUACAAUUUUAACUAUCUCACGAAGAGAACAUUUUUUUUUCAAACCACCGGGCCUCUAGCUCAGAUAAUAUGUUUGGAGAGCUUAAGAGUUUGUGCCCCAUUAAGAGCAUGUUAUGGGUAAUGAGUGUGUGUUUGCUUUAACUUUCGGAAAAUAGAAAAGAAAAGGAAAAAAAAAAAAAAUGAGAACAUUUUUGUUUCACUAAUCAAUUUUUUCAACGAUCUUAAUUAAUUCAGUCAGAUUAGUAAGAUGCCUAAUACCCUUGUUGUCCACAUUCAUUCUUGAGUUCAAAUAGAAUUUAGAUGGCUACAAAACAGAAUUUAGUUAAUUAAUAUGUAGGAAAGCCGACAUGUUAAUCACAACAAAAUGGCCUCAGUAAUGACACAGAUAAGGAGGAAGACACCUUUCAUGGUCAAGAAAAAAUAAAAUGGAGGGUGACCCUAUUAUAGAAAUUCUUUAUACAACAGAUCUUUUUACCAGAUGACCAAAUAACGUUAGUUUAUAUAUAUGAUAUAUUUGUGUGUGAAAUAGACAAUAUGUCAUAUAUUAUCUAGAUACUUAGAUGUAAGCACAACCUGGAGUGUUGUUACCAAGCUCACUAGAGAGACCACAAAAUAUCUCUCCCUUGCCCCCUACAAAACACACACACACACACACACACACUCUCUCUCUCUAGUCUCUACCCACCUGCUUUUCAUGGGUUACUUUCUCAAAGCCAUAAAAGUCAUUCAUGCUAUGUUUGGUCGUAUGGAAUUCGUGUUUUAUAAUUGGAGAAAAUUUAGUUCAAACUUUAAACUAAUUUUUCUCCAACUCCAAUUCCAAGACAUCAAUCCGUGUAGCCGAACAUAGCAUCACAGUAUUUGCAGUGGGUCUAGACCUUGCUUUCUGUACUUGGCAUGCAUGGGAUCUAUUUUGAAGCACUUGGGACUAAAAGCACAUGCUAGCCUUCUAGAAUUUGCAUGAAAUGCUAAUGACCAGUACUCUUACCUACGUUAAUUUACUAAAUUUUGUAAUUAAAUAAUUUCUCAGAACAAUUUGCUUCAAUAUUUAGAUUCAACAAUACCAUGAAAAACUCAUCCCAAAUUAAUUAUAUGGAGAAACUUUGGCUUCAAACAUGUAAUGAGAUACCCCACCGUAGAAGUCACAUCUCAUAAAGCUAAUACGACACAGAUCAAACUAAACUGAUCUCAAAUUAAUCAUCUCAAAGGUCAAUUAUAGUGGUAAUUAACCAGAGAAUAUAAAUAAUAGUAAGUAGUAUUUAAUUUUCGUAUCCAUUUACUCUUUUAUAUAUAUUUUCCAAAAUUGUGUUGGUUGAGCAAAUUUAGCUGAGGAAAAAAGAAAGCUUCUUUUUUUAUUAAAAAAAAAAAAUGUCAUUAACACGAAUCAUAACACAGAGAGAUUAGAGAGGCUAGGGAGGUAACCUAAGAUACAGUAAUAAGACUUACUGCUACAUUUCUGUCAACACAUCAUCCCACGUCUCGCAGUCAUGGGUUGUAUGUAACUAUGAUGAUUUGCAUACAACCCAAAAAUUUUCUACUUGCAUGUAAAAAAGACAGAUGCCCAAGUUAUAUCAGUAAUAUUGUGUUUGGGAGCACCAAAUCGGUGCUCUGAAUUUGGGAUCGGAGGAAACUUAGUUCAAAAUUUUAACUAAAUUUCUUCCAAUUCGAUAGCACGAGAGUAUUUACUACUACAUUUCUGCAUGUAAAACAUUAUGCAUGCCAAGAAACUACUCCAUCAUAUAUAUACAACGGUUAUGGUGCAUGGAAUAAUAAUUUAAGUUUGGGACAAUCCAAAAGUAUGUGAAUAUGUCCAAAAUUAAGGACCAUUUAAGACAAUAACUGUCCCCUCAUAGAUACAUACUUUUCCAAUGUCCAAAUCCUUCAAAAUGUGAUAGGUGCUCCAUUCAUGUUAAGAGGGUGAAUAUCCUAUAUAUAUGUUUCUGCCCAUUUAGGCCACUCCUGAUUUUGUUUUCUUAUAUAUUGGCUUGAUAUUGAGUGUUGCAUCCUAUUACUUUCGUUUUCCUGUUGCUUGCAUCUUCAUGAUCAUUCAUUUGUUGGUUAGCUAAUCAUCUCUUGAUUGGAGUCUUUUGUUUAUUUUUUCUUCUUCCUUGGAUGGAUUUUGGGUCUGGUUGGUAAUUCCAAGGAUUUUCAGAGACAUCCUAUCAAAUUUGGCGUUUGCCACUUUGCCAAGAGAGACAGCAUAUGUGCAGCUCUCACUUGGUUCUUGUUAUUGCUAAAGUAGUAUUAGUUUUUAUCAAACGAAGUGUUUUUCUAAGCAGUUUUAUCAGUUGCUUCUACAAUUACACAUUAACUUCACAAAAAUGAAUGUUGCUUCAAAAGUAGGACACCCAGACAAUACUGUUACCACGAAUUGUAACUUGACUAAAAUAGUACUUAUGGUGGUUAAGGAUGUUACCAUUCGCUAGACGUACCUUGGUCCUUUGAACUAAAUUCUAUUAAGAAUUGCACUCCAUUUUAUAGUGUAGAAAUAUCUCAGUCCAUCCUUUCUCUUCUUGUAACAUGAAAGUAACGGUUGAAAGUAAUAGUACUCUACUUGAUUAUUUUGAAAAAUGGUCCUCUUCAUUUUUUAUUUUUCAUUUUUAUUUUUAUGUUUUUGUGAUACAUGACAUUAAAUUAUUUAAUGUUCUCACUGGAUCAUGUUUCAUUAUAUUUCAUAUUAUUAUGAAGUGUUUAUCCAUUUAAUAUAUAUACUUGAAUUUUAAUAGAUGAAUCGAAUUCUGCCAAAUAACAGGGAUUCACACACUGAAAUCAAAUGAGACUUGGUAUGAUCCAGUCUAUGAAAUUCCUUUUCAAUACACUUGGUCCGUAUAGUAAAAUGAUAUUAGAUGGAUCCACAUUUUAUGGGCUCAAUGGGUGAGAAAGUAUUUUUUCAAGGAUAAGAGCUUCUGGUAUUUGAAGAUUCUAGACAAUGCUUCGUGGGUAUGGAGGAAAUUACUUCAACUUAGAGGAGUGCAUUCAAGAUCUAUAUAGAUCCACCAACUCAGGAACGGUGCCAGUAAUUGCUUUUUGAAAACGUCAUUCAAUGACAAUAUGUCAUAAAUUAAAUGAAUUUGAAACUUUUCUGAUGCAUGUGGUGAAUGUACUAGGAAAAAUUAAAAAAUGUGCUUGGCGCGGUGUGGGUGUGGGUGGGGAAAUUGAAAGGAGAGUAAAUGAUUCUUUAGUUCCAUGUGGUGCAAUGUUAAUUCCUUAAAUUUGGUAUACAUCCUUGCUGGUGGGUGUGGGUGGGGAAAUUGAAAGGAGAGUAAAUGAUUCUGUAUUUCCAUGUGGUGCAAUGUUAAUUCCAUAACUUUGGUAUACAUCCUUGCUGGCUCUUUCAGAGCCUACAUAGGCUCGUAAGCUUAAGCUAUUGGAUAGGUGUAAAAUUUAUAUCCUUUGACACACCACCUCACGUGUGACCUUAUUUUGGUCCAACACGUGUGUUUUUCAAUUUUUAAUUACCAAGGUGACGGUAAGGUUUGAAUUCGAGAUCUUUGGCUCUGAUACCAUGUUAACAACCAUCUACUCCAAAAGUUUAAGCUACUGGAGAAGUAGAACUUUAAUAUCAUAUCCUCUAUAAAAACCAAGCAUGGAAACCUUAAAACACCACACCUCACUCUGCUACAAUGGCAAUCUUUUCAUACCCUGAGAUACUCUUACUGCUACUAUGCUUUAUUAUUGUUCUUUGUUAUAGGAGAAGGCUGAGAAGCUACCUGCAGCUGACAAAUUGGCCUCUUGUCGGUAUGCUGCCGGGGCUUCUUCGAAUUGCUAACAACCUCCAUGAGCUUGCCACCGUGUUUCUCAAGCAAAAUAGAGGUACAGUUGAGUUUAAAGGCCCUUGGUUUGCUAAGAUGGACAUGCUGAUCACUGCUGAUCCUGCCAAUGUCCAUCACAUCUUAAGCAAAAACUUCUCAAACUACCCCAAAGGCCCCGAAUUCAAAAUGAUUUUUGAAAUGUUAGGAGAUGGGAUUCUGAACACUGAUUCAGAGUCGUGGGAAGCCCAUAGGAAAACCACCAUGCCCAUGAUGAACCAGGACAAGUUCCGCGACCUCUUAGAGAGAAGUAGCUGGCAGAAGGUGAAAGAAGGGCUAAUACCGGUUCUUGAUCACAUCUCAGGCCUAGCAACUGAGGUUGACUUGCAAGAGUUACUUCAAAAGUUCACUUUUGAUACCAUCUGCAUGUUAGUUUUGGGCCAUGAUCCAGGCAGCCUUUCCAUUGCCUUACCACACAUUCCAUGUGAGAAGGCGUUUCUUGAUGCGGAGGAAGCCAUAUUCUAUAGGCACGUAUUGCCAGUAAGCUUAUGGAAGUUGCAAAAAUGGCUUAAAAUUGGAAGAGAGAAGAUGCUGAGAAAUGCUUUGCUAGACAUUUAUCAAUUUGUGUAUCAGUGCAUUUCAAUGAAGCGCAAAGAAAGUGAAAGCAAAGCCAAAAUGGUGGAGCACCAAGAGGAGGAGGGUAAUUAUGACUUGUUAUCAGGAUUCAUGAAAGCGUACAAUGGAAAGAGUGGUGCUUCUGACAAGUUUCUGAGAGACACCUUAGUGAAUUUGAUGUUUGCAGGGAAAGGCGGCAUAAGUGCUGCCCUCACUUGGUUUUUCUGGCUCAUUUCAAAAAACCCUUCAGCAGAAAUCAAAAUCCGAGAAGAGAUCAAAGCGAAGUUGCGUGUCAAAGAAGGCGAUAGAUGGAGGUUUUUCAAUGUUGAAGAGUCGCGUAAACUAGUGUACCUUCAUGGAGCUUUGUGUGAAUCUCUAAGAUUGUUCCCGCCAAUAUUUAUAGAGCAUAAAACCCCACUUGAACGAGACAUCCUUCCAAGCGGCCACUGCAUUGCUCCUAGUACAAGGGUGUUGCUAUCUUUUUAUUCAAUGGGGAGGAUGGAGACAGUGUGGGGCAAAGAUUGCUUAGAGUUCAAGCCGGAGAGGUGGAUUUCAGCGCGAGGAGGAGUCAAACAUGAACCAUCCUACAAGUUCGCAACCUUCAAUGCAGGACCGAGGAGUUGUCUUGGUAAGGAGGUGACUUUCAUCCAAAUGAAGAUAGUUGCAUCAACCAUUAUUCAUAAUUAUCAGAUUCAAGUCACAGAAGGUCAUCCUGUUUCCCCCAAAAAUUCAGUAUUACUCCAUAUGAAGCAUGGUCUGAAGGUCAGGAUUACCAAAAGGAGUGUUUGAUGAACAAGAAACAACUGGAAGAUCAGGUGGUCUUCGGCAAUGUCUUUUCUUUAUUUUUUUUCUUGGCCAGACGCACCCACUUUUGCCCCUGUGAGACUUAAACCCUUGUCCUGCUCCGUUAAAAGGCGAGAAAAUAACAUUAUGCUAUAUAACCCUAGGUAUUAUCUUUAUUAUUAUAGCUGUAACAUUAUGUGUCAGCACCAUGUAAUCGCAAGUUUAUUAAUUAAUACAGUAUACGAAUAAAAUUGUGUGUUCCAA